GUGAGAAAACAUCUAUCACGAACCAAGACCCCACUACAUGAUGAGCAAGCCUAAUAUUACUAGACACUUUAGGGGCGGGAUGGAAGAGCUUAAGACAGCGGAUGGCAUAACACUUUAUGCCUACAAGAGUGUACUUGGCCAGGGAACCAGUCCUUACUUGAACACUCCGUGGGAAUGUUUCACGACUUCUACGGUGGAACGGUUCCUAGAGUAUUGCUAUCAGGGUGAUUAUAGCCCUCCGAAACCAGCUAAACUGCCUCUAGCCACACCCACGAGCAGUGUUGUCGAUGCCGACGGGAACGCCAUCGGGGUCUUCCAGACCGCAGCCGGCCACCUUCCCUGCUGCCAGCUUGCAAACAGGCGUGCCGCACCCCAGGGCGACCAUCACCUCUGCUGUUCCUGCAUCGCCAUCCAAGAGGAUGACACCGAAGAAGAUGAGGGCAGCAAAUACGACGGCGUCGAUGGCAGCGACACCGAAUAUGCCGACGACAAAGACGACUCUGGGCCAUCAAGACAUCCGCACGGCUUGGAUUACUUCGAGGUGUUCUUUACCCAUGCAGAACUUUACAUCCUCUCUCAAACCCAGGGACAAAGCUUGCUUGCAGCCCUAUGUCUCAACCGUCUUCGCACAGCACUCGAAAAGGCAGCCAAGGCACCGGUCCGUCCUCGGUUCCCAACAAAUCUGAGCCGUCUACUUUCUUAUGCCUACGAGCACAACAACGUGAGAUUAAUUGAUGACAACCAAGCGCACGACCUACAAAAUCUAGCUUCGUCAUGCGCGGCGAUGCACAUCAAAGAUAUGAAAGAGGAAUGUAGUUCACUGAUGGGGCGUGGGGGGAAGAUGGCUGAGGACCUGAUGAAGGAGGUGGCAGAUCGGGCGAUAAGUCUCGAUAGUGUCUUGGAGAUGGAGAUGGAGAAGAUGGAGACGGAAAAGAUGGAGAUGAAGGAGAAGAUGAAGAAGAUGGAAACGGAAUGGAUGGAGGUGGAGAAGAAGCUAGAGGAGGUCGAGACAGAAAAGACGGAGAUGGAGAAGAUGCUAGAGAAGGUCGAGACGGAAAAGGCAGAGAUGAAGAAGAAGCUAAAGAAGAAGUAG